UACACUAGGAAACCUACUGUGAUCAUACAUGUUUUGUUGAUAACUCCAAUACUUUUAUUGAGGGAUAGUGCCUCUCCCGUUAUUGUUGGCUCACGUCCGCCUCCUAAUGAUUCCACUAUGGAAUAA